GUGCGCAAGUAAAAAUAGACGAAUCAAAAGAGAUAUGCGUGCGCAGAGUGACAACACGUCAAAAAUGGCAGAAUCAGGACCAACUAAAAGUGAUAUUGAAGAAAUAUUUAAGAGAUUACGAGCUAUACCAACCAAUAAAACUUGUUUUGACUGCAAUGCAAAAAAUCCGGCUUGGUGUAGUGUUACUUAUGGAAUCUUUUUAUGCAUCGAUUGCUCAGCAGUGCAUCGUAGUCUUGGAGUACACUUGACAUUUGUUAGAUCAUCUCAGUUAGACACCAAUUGGACAUGGCAACAAUUGCGAAAUAUGCAAUUAGGGGGCAAUGCCCAAGCUCGAGCAUUUUUUGCCCAGCAUAAUUGCACAACAACAGAUGCUCAACAAAAAUAUAAGUCACGAACAGCCAUGCAGUAUCGUGAAAAAUUGAGUCAAGCUUCAAAUCAGGCGAUGCGUCGAUAUGGAACAAAAGUUAUUUUGACUCCAAAUCACAAGAAUAUGUUGCAUUUAGAUGAUGGUGAAACAAUAAAUACCAACACCGAGCCAGAAGAAGUAGAUUUUUUUGCUGAACAUGAGAACUUUAGUGAAAUGAAAAACUCCUCAAUUCAAUCGGUUCAUAGAGCUCAAGAAAAUACAAAUAUACAAAAUUCACAUAGUGAAAAUAACAUUAAAAAUAAAAUUGAAAAUAAUAAUAAAAUAGAUGUAGAUUCUUUGGCAAAUUCACUUGGACCAACCGUUAAGUUGUCUGAUUCAGCAGUAAAUGUUCCUACAAAUCGGAAACCAACUAUUGGAGGACGAAAGCUUCAAUCUAAGCGUCCUGGAUUAGGAAAGAAAGCUGGAGGGCUUGGAGCACAAAGAGUAACAACAAACUUUGAUGAACUUGAAAAAAGUGUAAUUGAAUCAAACAAUAUUGUAGAGCCAGUUGAAAAUGUAGAAAAUAAAGAAGAGAUUGCUGAAAUUAAUAGCAGGCUAGCUUAUAAAAUGGAACAGAAUCUAACAGAACAGGCACAAAAAGUUAAUGAACGUACGAAAAAGUUGGAUCCAAUGAAAGCAUCACAAGCUGAAAGGCUGGGAAUGGGUUUUAAUUCACGAGCUGGAGCAAGUCAUUCAGCAUUAGGAGAUAUGAAAGUUAUUACACAAGAAUCUACUAAUCGUGUAAUAAUCACUAAUGAUUCAAAGUAUGAUAUGCGUGAUAAUGCUGAAUUUGAGCCCGUGAGCAUUCGUACUGUGAAUGAUUUAGAUGAUUUUUUCACUGCUAUAUGUACGCCAUAUUCAUCAAAGACCAGUAAUAAGCAAUCUUCAGAUGAAUUUUUCGUAGUUUCUGAACCAGAACUACUCAAACGUGGUGCUUCAAAAUCCAACAAUACAAAACUUGAAACAAAGAAAAUUUCAGGAGAUGACGGUGAAGCUCAAAGAAAAUUUGGACAAGCUAAAGCUAUUAGCUCGGAUCAAUUCUUCCGUGACAGUGCCAAUGAUGAUUCUUGGGAACGUAAAUCAAAUUUGCGCCGAUUCGAAGGCUCUUCUUCAAUAUCUUCUGCAGACUAUUUUGGAAUUAAUCAUGAAAAAUCACCUUCAUCAUCUCUAUCGAUGAGUAACUUGGCAGCUCGAACUAAUACAGUAGAUCUUGAGGAUGUACGUGAAAGUGUACGUCAAGGCGUUAACAAAGUAGCAGGCAAAUUGAGUUCAUUGGCUAAUGCUGCUGUUUCAUCCAUACAAGAUCGUUAUGGACUUUAGUAAAUACUGGAAUCGUAGGGCAAUAAAAAAAUAUAAAUGCAAUUUAUUAAACAAAAAAAAACUAAAGUAACUGAGGUAAAAAAAAUAGAAAAUACGAAAAUAAAUAAAAAUGCUGUAAAUUAAGUACACUUUAAUUUACAAAAAAAUCAUUUUGAUGUUGAAAUAUUUAAAAAAAGUUGAUUCAAAAAUGAAAUAUUCAAUCUCUAGUAAAAAUAUCUCUUUGUUUAUCAUAAUUGAUAUCGAUAAAAAACAUUUGUUAUGACUUCAACAAUACCGUUUGAAAUGUAUAUAAGGUCGAGAUCAUGAACUCGAUAUUAUCAAUAAAGUAAUUAAAUAAUUGUAUAUAAAUGGCAUCACAUUUUCACAUCUUCAAAAAAUAAACAAAUAAUACAGUAAA